GGAGGAGGAGGAGGAGGAGGCUUAGCAGGAGGACACCCAGGAGGAGGAAGAGGAGAGUCAGGAGGAAAAGGAGGAGAUGAUCUGACGGCUGCAGUUUGUCAAGAUCCGUCCUGAGCCGAGCCGUCUCCUCUGACCUCUGACCUCUGGUCAGUGUGUGUGAUGAUGACGAUGAGGAUGCGGUCUGGUCACGUCUAAGCUGCACAUGUUGAAGUGAGAGAGACGAAUGGCGCUCUGUCCCUGAAAAGUCUUGGAUCAAAUUCUACUGGAUUUAAUUGCGGCGUUGUUUGAGAAUUCUGGGAAUUCCUUCUGAUAAAAUGUUUUGAAAGGUUUUUGUUUCUGUGCGAAUAAAAAAGAAGAGGAAUCCUGCAAAAUGGAAACUUCUGGGAUGUAAAACAAAUAUGUGGAAUAAAAAUCUCAUCUAAGGAUUUACUGUUUGAACCAAAAACUCCAAACUCUUGGAUAUUGGGUUUUUAUUUUUAAUUGUUUUCACUUUUUUUAAACGUUCUUUUAUGUCCUAAAAAGCGUUCUUUCCUUGGCUCUGCGCCUGCUGCUGGAGUUUUUAUCACAUUUUAUUUGCAUCCCGUCAGCUGGAUGAAAUGGAUCCGUGGAUACCAGAAGCAGGAAGUUGAUCUCUGAGAGAUAAUCGCAGGGAGCAGGAACAUGUCGUGGAAAAGGAGCUACUUUGCCUCAGGCGGCAGCGGUGGCAGAGGCGGGGGUGGAAGCGGAGGGGGGGUGCAGGGAAUCCUGGCACCCCGCACCAUGACGUCCAUCGCUCCCAGUAAAGGGCUGAGCAACGAGCCGGGCCAGAACAGCUGCUUCCUGAACAGCGCCCUGCAGGUCCUCUGGCACCUCGACAUCUUUCGACGAAGUUUCCGUCAGCUCACCAACCACAAGUGCAUGGCGGACUCGUGUAUUUUCUGCGCUCUGAAGAGCAUCUUCGCUCAGUUCCAGUACAGCAGCGAGAAAGUGUUGCCGUCCGACGCGCUGCGCAGCGCGCUCGCCAAAACCUUCCAGGACGAGCAGAGGUUUCAGCUCGGCAUCAUGGACGACGCUGCGGAGUGCUUCGAGAACAUCCUGAUGAGGAUCCACUUCCACAUCUCAGACGAGACCAAAGAGGACAUCUGCACAGCCAGACACUGCAUCCCUCAUCAGAAGUUCGCCAUGACGCUGUUCGAACAGUGUGUGUGCAGCAGCUGUGGCGCGUCUUCAGACCCUCUGCCCUUCAUUCAGAUGGUUCACUACAUCUCCACCACCUCCCUGUGUAACCAAGCUGUGAAGAUGUUGGAGUCGAGGGAGAAGGCAACUCCAAGCAUGUUUGGGGAGCUGUUACGAAAUGCCAGCAUGGGAGACCUGCGCAGCUGUCCUAGUCAAUGUGGUCAGCAGCUCCGCAUGGCUCGUGUGCUCCUCAACAGUCCGGAGAUCAUCACCAUCGGCCUGGUUUGGGACUCGGAUCAUUCGGAUCUGGCUGAGGACGUCAUCCACACACUGGGUACCUGCUUGCGCCUUGGUGAUCUGUUUUACAGAGUGACGGAAGAAAAGGCUCGACAGGCAGAGCUUUACCUGGUAGGAAUGGUCUGUUAUUACGGGAAACACUACUCCACCUUCUUCUUCCAGACUAAAAUCAGAAGAUGGAUGUACUUCGAUGAUGCUCACGUGAAGGAGAUUGGCCCCAAGUGGAAGGACGUGGUUUCUCGCUGCAUCAAGGGCCACUACCAGCCACUGCUGCUGCUGUACGCCGACCCACGAGGAACACCAGUGUCGGUUCAGGACCUGCCAUCACGACUCGACCUCCAGCACCUGAACAAGGCCUGUUACGACAGCGAAGACUCGGGUCGAGAGCCGUCCAUCUCCAGCGACACUCGAACCGACUCGUCGACAGAGAGCUGCUCAGGCCGACUGCCCUCCCACUCCCACCAUGAGUCCCUGGCGAGUCACUACUCAUCUGACUCCCAGGGAACCGUCAUCUGCAUGGAAAGACCCAACGGAACCCUGCACACCUCGCUCUGCAGCCUGGAUACCCUAGGUCACGUGACGGAUGGUGAGCAGUACCAGCCUCAGAGGAAAGGAGGCGGGGCCACUGAAACGAGGCGGAGCUCUAGCCGUUACAGACGAUUUAAACCUGACAGCGAAGCUUCGUCAGCGGGUUACCACAGUGAGGGAGAGACUUUAAAGGAACAGCAGGUUCCUCGUCACCUCCCCAAGCCUUCAUCCUCCUUCUCACCCUCAACCAGCCGCCUCCGAGACUUCAAGGAAACCAUGACCAACAUCAUCCGCCCCCUCUCCUCCUCUUCCUCCUCCUCUUUGCCAGCUGCCAUCCUCUCAUCUGAGCUCUCCUCUUCCUCCUCCUGUGGUCAGCACCUCCCUGCCACAAACUCCGCCGUGAGCUCCUUGUCCUCCGUUAAACCUCAGGACUGGGAGGCCGACAGCACCAGUGGUGAGUCCAAGUCCAGCUCCUUGGGAGGGGCAGUGACGGGGAGGUACCGACCGGCUUGGAGGCCUCGGAGGGAGACGCUCAACAUCGACACCAUCUUCACCAGAGAGAGGCGAAGGCAGGCCGGGUACAGCCCUCUUGGAGGACCACCUUCUGAGGACUGUGGAGCUCCUGGGUCUGAAGCUGCAGACCCCUCUUUCACGGUCCAGGAGGAGGGGAUGUCUGUCAGACCGGGAUCCUCCAAGACCCUCCCCAGCAGCUUCAGAGGAGCAGAGUUUCCUCCUCCUCCUCCUCCUCCCAGGCUGAUCCAGAGGAUGGAGAGCGGCUAUGAGAGCAGCGAGAGAAACAGCAGCAGUCCUGUCAGUCUGGACCUGAACCUGGGAGACAGGGAGUGUGUUGUGAAGAAGACUUUAUCCUCCUCUUCCUCGGGGCCGUCAUGGAGGAACAUUAGGUCAAAGAGCAGCGGCUCUUUGCUGCAGGAAGUCAACUCAUCCAGCAGGGGGGGCCCGGGUACAAAACCUCCCUCUGCAGGUCGCAGCGAGCUGGACGAGCUGCAGGAGGAGGUGCUGAAGAGAGCAAGAGAGGAGGAGCAACAAAGACGGCAGGAGAAAGAGAAGGAGGCGGCACUUGGAUUCAACCCAAGACCUAGCAAGUACCUGGACCUGGACCAGCUGCAGAUCCAAGGUAAAAGUGACAGCUUUGACAGGUGUGUGUCAGAGGCGGAGCUUCUGCUGGACCAAUCGCUGCGUUUGGAGCAGGCGGGUGAAGUCGCAGCAGCUCUGUCGGCAGUCAACGAAGCUGUCU